GGGUAUCCACGGGCCAAAAAAACACAUGCUAUAGAAGGAAGAGAGUUUUCGUGAGAGAGAAACCCUAAGUUUUCUCUGGCGUUUCUGGUUUUUGUGAUUUUUGAAAUUCGCUGCUUCAACGGAAACUCAUUUCAGAUUUGACAAAAUCAUCAACAAGGAAAUACCAGCUACCGUGGUGUAUGAAGAUGAUAAGCUUUUUUGUAACCGACGCCCGAAAGAACUCAAAGACACAUUAUACUGUGAUUUUCUCUGCCGUUUCUGUUUUUGGGAUUUUUUGAUUCCCUUGCUUCAUCAGAAUGAAUUUUCCAUUUUCAAUUUUUUUUCCCCGGUGAUGGUGUUUGGGCCUAAGCCCAACUAUAACCCAAAGAUAUAAUUUCGACGCCAGCGCGCAAGAUUGACGUAGAAGAAAGAUGAGUGCCGAAAAAGAAUCCUCUGUCUCUCAACGUCGCUUGUCCUGCACUAAAUGCUUUGACGCGCUCUGGUUUUGCUAUUCUCCGGUUCAUCAAUUGCAACAGUAUUACAGAGAAGGAGUUUUGGAUAAUUGCUAUGGAAAAUGGAGUGCUCUUUGGGAUUGUUUGUAUUUGAAAACCAAGCCCUCUUCUCAACUCCAGGAAAUUCUGGAGGCUCGCGAGAAAGCUGAGUCUCAUAUUUGGACAUUUCGGACACUCGAAGAAGCACAAGCUUAUUGGAAGCAAGAAUUUGGACAUUUAAAUGGUCGAGAAUCGAAAUAAUCGAAAUAGACUUUAAUUAAGCUGCAUGUGGCAGACUUACAGCUGAGUUUUCUUGUUUUUUUCCCCUUUAAGUUCCAGUUGUUACCUUUUAACUAUUACAAGGUACCAAACGUUACACCA